AUGCCAUUCGGGGGAAAGGAGGCAGGUUAUGCAAAUGAGAGCACAAUGGGUUAUUUCACAUCCACACAGGCCUUGGCUGAUUAUGCGACCAUAAUUGUUGAUUUGAAGAAAACAUUAAAAGAAAAGAAUUGUCCAGUAGUCGUGUUUGGUGCAUCCUAUGGUGGAAUGCUAGCUGCGUCGUUUUGCCUCAAGUAUCCGCACCUAUCAUUCGGCGUCCUAGCAUCAUCUGUUCCUAUCCUUAACCUCGACGACAUCGCUCCCACUUAUAGUUUUGGCAGCACUAUCACCAAAGAUUUCAGAGAUACGGAUAAGGACGCCCUGAAGGACAUCCUUGAAUCAAAUUACAUCCAGGCAGCGACGUACGAUUUAGAAAAGAUUGAAGGGAUGUGCAACGCGAUCAAUAGCCUUCCCCGAGAGGCAGACACUGUUAGCAGAAUAGCUGCUACAGCAAACUACAUGAACCGAGGCCAAUGCUUGGAUUUGAGUCCUUUGAAUCUUACUUAUAACGGAUGGAUUUGGAAGUAUUGCAUGAAAAUGAUGUUUCCAAUAAGCAAUCGUCCUGGCACGAUGCUACGACCCUCCAACUUUGAUUUCAAGUCCCAUUCGAAGGAAUGCUGCCAUAGAUACGGUGUCCUGCCACGCCAACACUGGGUGACAACUGAGUUCGGAGUACACGAGAUGAAAACAGCGUUGAAGGAUUUUGGAAGCAAUUUAAUUUUCUCCAAUGGUUUGAGAGAUCCAUGGAGCAGUGGAGGUGUCUUGGCGAAUAUUUCUGAAAGCAUUGUAGCUAUUACUACCGAAGAGGGAAGAAAAUCUGAAGACAUUAAACCAAUUGCUACUGAUGAUCCAGUCUGGCUGAAAGAGCAAUGA